AUGUUGGUAUCAUUGAUAAAAACAAUAGAUGUGCAUUAAAGAACCAAAUAGUUAAAAUGUUUAUACGUUUUAUGUGAUAUUUCACUUUGAAUUAUUUAUAAAAUUAUAAUUGAAAAUGGAAGAAGAAAAAGAUAAUUUUGAUUGGAUAUGUAGAGCUUGUUUGGAAAAAUCUACCAAGAUGUAUUCUUUGACCGGUUCUAUAGUUAAUUUAGAAGUUAACAUAGCUGCUAUGUUGGAGUUUUGUACAUCCCAAAAGUUGGUUUUAAGUGAAGAUUUGCCCAAUAAUGUUUGCUUGUCUUGUUUUAAAACGAUUCGAAUAGCUUAUAGAUUUUUUAAGCAAUUUUAUGAAGUUCAACAACAACUGAUGAAUUUGAAGGAUUCAGAUGGAUCAUUCGAAGAAGAAACGCUAUUAUUUGAAGUGGAAACUACUCCUCCAGACAAGGAAGAAAAUGGAGAUCCCGUAAAAAGCGAUGAAGAACAUGAAGUAGAAUUUAUAAUUAAACAGGAAGAUAGUAUUGAAGAAGAUAGUUCUCAAUCAACUAUCAAUAAUGAUACGCAGUUAAACUCGAUGGUGGAAAUAAAAGAUGAGUAUAUAGAAGAAGAUGCGAAUUUUAGUCAAAUUUUAAAUUUACAAGGUGUAGAAUCGAAAAUAGAGUUUAUAGUUGAUGAAACGAAAAAUAGUGAAUCAAUUGAGAAAAGGGAACGUUAUAUCUGCCCUAUAUGUGGUCAAAAGUUUAUAAGGGCGGAAUUAUUUCGUGCUCAUAUCACGUCUUAUAAUUUAAGUAAAAUCACUUGCACGCGUUGUCCUACUAAACCUGAAUAUGAUCUAACUGAAUAUUUCUACCAUUACAGACAUUUUCACAAAUACCACUGCGAUAUUUGCGAUAAAAGAUUAGUAUCUAGUUACGGUUAUUAUUACCACAAAAAACAACACGAAAAUAUAAAAUUGUAUAAAUGUUCGUUUCAAAAUUGUUCGAAAUCCUUCACAAUGAAACAUCUUCUAACGAAACACGAAAAUAGUCAUCACAGUACAAAAAUUUAUAAUUGCAAAUUAUGUCGCGCUACAUUUAAUACCAACGAUUCGUUACGUUACCACCUCAAAGUACACGAUAAUAAAAAGGAUCAUUUGUGUACGGCUUGCGGCAAGGCUUUCUUCCAAGCCGUUCAUCUCCGUGACCAUAUGUACAGGCAUUUAGGUUAUAAAAAAUUCGUUUGUGAUAUUUGCGGUAAAAGUUUCGUCACUAAUUCUAGUUUGAAAAAGCAUAUCAUUUAUUGUACGAAAAAACACGGUUUAGAUGUCAAUUGAGUUUUUUCAAAUAUAACUUCUUCACAAAUGUUAAUUUUUGUACCAAUAAAUUUAUAAUAAUCUUUAAUUCUUAAAUAUUAUUAGUAUUAGAUAACGUUCUCGUCUAGUCAUUUUCAGAAAUAAUAUAAUUAUAACAAUUAUAUGAAAGUGGAAAAUGUCGGGAAAAUCAGAAGUGUCAUAUUGUUUAAUUUUGUAGUAACUUCUUGUCUUCUUAAUAAUUAUUUCUUGAAUUGACAUUACUUUGGUAUUGUUGAUUUUUUGUUUUUACAUUUAUUGUGAAUCCUACUUUGAGUUUCGUAAAUAUUCUUAAAAACAUGUUGAAAUAAUGUAAAAUUUUAUAUUUAUAAAUGACCAUUAAAAACUUGUAGUUCUUGGUAAAUAUAUCGUAAGUCAUUUACGCAAAUACAAAUUAAUAUAUAAUUACAAAAAAAUAAAAUUAUGUUGAAUAUUCAGUAAUUAGAAAUAAUUUAUUUUAUUUACGUCGCUUCGACACUAGUGUGUAUCAACGUACAUUAUCCAAUAACCUCUAAAAAUUACAUUCAGAAUAGACACAUCACCCCAUAGAACAUACCCUGGUAUGUUCUGUGUAUUACCCUGGAAAACAGAUAAGUGCGUUUGGAGUAAUGACAUUAAUUAAGGUACAGUACAACAGAAUACACUAAGAGAACAAAUGAAACCGCAACAUUAAAAUAAUUAGAUAUCUUCUUUUUACAAUUAUAAUGUUAUAUUGAUUAAAAAAAUUUAUUAAUAUUUUCGUAAAUUUUUAUAAUUUCACAUUAGAUAAUCCAUAGUUUCCUACGUCUAUAGAUUAACUUUGUUCAAUGUCUUAUUCUCUCCACCGGGUAAACAACAAUAUUGAAAGUGUGCAUACGAUCGGUCCUUAGAGCUAUUUAUUGCAGUCUUGCUCGCAGCUUUGAUUCCUAAUUACCUUAAGAGCACUUUCAAAAGUGUCGCUCGUCGUUAAUUCUAAAUUUUAAAAACAAUUCUUUGCUCGCGGAACCCAUCAUUUCGGUUAAUUAUUGAAUACGAAUCUAUUAUAGCAGUUCUCGGUUUAGGUUAGAGAACUAAAAGCUAGAUUCAUUUACUCGUCGUUCGCGGUAAAUCAACAUCCGUAAUAUAGCAUUCAUUAGUAGUAAGCAAUUUUAUAAUCGUUUCCAAUAAAUACAAGUAGUUAGUUUAUUCCUAUUGUAAAUAGUACUGUAAAAGUUAUCUACAUAUCUUGAUCUGCCUGAUAAAAGAAGUAGGCAUUGAACCACAAAUAUAUAAUAAUAUAUUCUACAUACAUUCACUUCUAUGUUCUGUUAUUAUUAACUCGAUGGUCUUCACUCUAUGAAAUAUCUGUCAGAGAAAAAAGAAGAAUAUAUUUAGAGGUUAAGAUUUAAGAAUAUUAUUUUUAAUGUAAUAAAAACACGAUAAAUAAUUUAUUAUAGUUAUCAUAGGAUAUAAUUGUUUGUUAGAAUGAGUGAAAAUGUAGAUUUACUUGAUACAUUAUGCCGAACAUGUUUAAAACCAACGGUCAAGAAGUAUACUCUGACUGGAAAAUUGAAAAAUUUGGAGGUUACUAUCGCCGAUAUGUUGGAAUUUUGUACAUCUAAACUAAUACCCAUAAGAGAAGAUUUACCAGAAAAUAUUUGUACGUUUUGUUAUAACACUAUUAGAGUAGCGUAUGAAUUUUUUAGACAGUUUAACAAUGCUCAAGACCAAAUAAAUACAAUUAGGCAGAUUCUGCUUAAAGAACAAGUCGUCAGUGAUCAUAAUUACGAAACUGAAGAAUUUGAAUACGAUUUGCUUACAGAGGAAAGAGCACAUAAUGAUGAGGAAAUUGUAUUCACAGAAAAAAGUGAAAUAGACAACCUAGAACACAAUCAAGAGGAAAAAAUAGAAACUAUUGUAAGUAAAUCAAAUUUAGAUACAUCAGAUAUAGAACUAACAGUUAUAUUCGAAAACAGAGAAAAUAUAGAUGAAAAAUUAUUUCCUUAUAUUUGUCCAAUUUGUGCUACUAAAUAUUCUCGUAUAGAACAAUUUCACAAACAUAUUAUUGAACACAAUUGUAGUAUAAUAACGUGUUCACGUUGCCAAGCAAAACCUGAAUAUGAAAUAGCUGAUUAUAUCAUACAUUAUAAAGAAUUUCAUAAAUUACAAUGCAACAUUUGCAACAAGAGAAUGGCAUCAGCGUUCGGGUAUAAAUAUCAUAUGAAAACGCAUAUCCAUUUUAAUGGUUACAAAUGUCCAAUAAAAAACUGCUACAGAUCUUUCCUUCUAAGGCAUUUACUGAGAAAACACAUAAAAAACCAUUACCAACCAACAGUUUUUCCUUGUCACCUUUGUUCUUCUACCUUCAAUAAUAGAGACACUCUAAGAUACCACAUUAAAAAACACUCUAAUAAGAAGGAUCACCUUUGUACAGUGUGUGGUAGGACCUUUUAUAUGGCAGGACAUCUUAAGGAUCACAUGUACAGACAUUCAGGGUUUAAAAAAUUCCUUUGCAAUAUGUGUAAUAAAAGAUUUACCAGAAGUACUAGUCUAAAGAAACACAUUGUUCGUUGUACUAAAAAAAAAUCUAAUUCUUGAAUAUUUCAAAAUAAAACUUGAAAUUUUAAUUUUUUACUUUUUGUAUAAACCCUGUAAGUAACUUUGUGUAUUAUAAAAAUAAAUCAAUAAAUAAA